AUGUCCGUCAUACUUGGACCAGGUCCUGAAGUCCCCCCUCUUGCGAUCUGGACCAAGGAGAGCGUUUCUGCUCUCUACACAGCAACCUCAUCGGCCAACUUCAAUGAUGCAUUCAAUGCAUUCCUCGCCGACGAUGCUGUUUUCACUGUCAACGGCAAGCAUCUAACGCGUGCGCAAUACAAGGACCUUCUGCAAGGAGAAAAGUUCUUGGAGGGCUCGGCGCAGGUGUCUUUCUCUGAUUCGGUUGAGGUGCCGAAGAAUGAGAAUGAACCCGCUGAAGCUGGCAGUGUCGGUCUUUUCUUCAAGGUUACCGUUGCUGAGCGCGAUCUCGUCUUCGGGGCUCCUGUCACAAGAACUGUCACCUCGUCUUUGAAUGUAACGAUCGUUGAGGAUGGUUCUGCUUUGAACCGUCGGGUGUCAACAUUGAGUCAGGUCGUGCUGACCGAGACCAGUCCUAUUCGUCCCCCUACUGCGACUGUAGCAUGA